GUGCAUUCCAUUUAUUGUGUAUCUGAAGGAAGGAGAUAUUUGGAGAAUGGUGAAAAAGAGUUCACAUGCUCCAGUACUACCGGUAAUUCUUCCUUUUCCCUGGUGUAGUCCCAAGUUGCGAGGGGCCACUUACCUUUGCAGUCCAAAGGAUCAUUUGUGACCUGGCAUGCUUUUCUCUUGGGGUGACACAUUGUCUGUGUCUGUCUUUGUCAGCUUUUCACAUCCAAUAUUGGAACUGCAGGCAGAUAAGAGGCUGAAACGCCACAGUAAAUAUAUAAAACAUAAAAUAAUAGUGUCCCUAUGAACUUUAGUUUGCAAAAUUAGGUUUAGUUCUCUUUGUACUAUUGUCAUCACACUAUUUUCGGAGAUUUUGAAAAGCCUGUGAGGGGCUUUCAUGCCCUGUGUGGUUUUUUUUUCUGUAUGUCUAAUAAUUAUCCGUUAUUCCCUUCUUUUUAGAAUACUGUAUACUUGUACUGUUUUGUUGUCUUUAUUUUGGUGUGCCUUGAUGUGUUUCACAUGACAGGUGAUAUUUACAUGUUUAAAAAAUAAAAUAAAUAAAUUUAAGAAGUUUAAAUAAUAGCAUAUCAAUCAAAUAUGUAUUAUUCUUCAUGUCCCGGAAAUAAACCCUCAGGAAGAAGCUCUGGAAGUAUCUGUAGUUCAACCUUCCAUUGCCCUCUUUAACAAAAUGAUUCUUCUCAUUCAGAGUACUUGAUGUUUAAUCCUGCUUCCUUAUCACUGGUGCUCAUUUUGAUUUUACUUCCCUUAUCUCUUUGCUUUUUUCAGUACUGCGUGAUGACUUCAGGCAAAACCCUUCUGAUGUCAUGGUAGCAGUAGGUGAACCAGCUGUGAUGGAAUGCCAACCUCCAAGAGGCCAUCCUGAGCCUACGAUUUCAUGGAAGAAAGAUGGGUCCCCCCUGGAUGACAAAGAUGAAAGAAUUACAGUAAGUUUGUAAAAGAACAAAAGCUGAAAAUAGAAUCUCACACUUGCCUGUGCAUUAUAAUGGGGCAAGUGGAGCAUGCAUACAAAUAAUUAGGGUAUCUGCAGUUAGGCACCUGAUGUUGCAGGAACUCUGAUUCUGGGGGUUUCCCCUGUUCCUGCAAGUAUAUCUACAGAAAACAAGUACACACAUAGUUGUCGCAUCCAGACUAUGGAGUGAACUGCAAUGCAGUGUAAGCUCUUCUUGGACAAAACAGAAGGAGGUAAUUUUUUGCCAAUUUCCCCUCCUGCAUCUCCCAGCACCAUCAGAGAAGUUUUCAGGGGAUGUGGCGGAAGGAGAAGUCAGAAAAAUAAUCUCUUCCUCCAGUGCCACAUGAGUUGAACUACACUCACUGGAAGUCUAGAUCCAACAUGCAAUUUGUUAAUUCUUUACAGGGAUGUUUCUUUUUCCUUUAAAUCUUUGCAGCCAGUUAUGGACAGGCUCAACUAUUAUGUUCCUGCGGUUAAUUUUUUCCAUUCACAGUGAUACAUAGGAUAACUGCAGCAAUUAUUUUGCGGGGGGGGGGGGGGACUAAGCAUGCAGGGUUUGGACCUCGCUGUAGAGUUUUGAACUAAAAAAAAAAAGAUGCUCUACUGAACUUGAUUUUUCAGUGUUACAAUGAAACAAACCCUUUUGUCUUUUUAAAAGUUUUGCCAACUGAUGGAUAAGUAAUAAGAAAAGUUACCAAAAAAAGUAAUGAGAAGCAGGACCAUUAAAUUUACUAGAGUGGGCUAUAUCAUUUUAGACUGAAGGUGUACAAAUAACAUUUUCUAAAUGCUUUCGACAUUAAAAAAAUAAAGUAUCUGCUAAGAAAUACCCAGUUCAUCAUGAGGGAUGUGUAUCAUGUUCUUGCUGUGCAAUAGGAAGUGUAUUGUGCAAGGGAGAAUUUAAAAAAGUAUGUCCCUUCUCUUGUACGUAUUCUAAAGUAGCACUAUCUGUUCUGCCAUUUCAGAACUUUACAACUUACAUCCCACUCCAUUCUGCUGUAAGCGUAGCCAAUUUAACAGUUUGCUGGAAGAAGCCAUGAUGAACAAUGGAUGAGAAACUAAUUAAUAGAUUUGACUGGAACAGAUCUUCCUCUAGUCGUUUAAUGCAAGACUGUUCAUUAUAAGAGAAAAUCAGGGUCUCCUAUAAAUUGGGUGCAUGAAAAGAUAUUUGCAUUAUAAUUCUGCUCUUCAGUAAGAAUUAAAUACAAGGAGACAUAUGGCAUGUUUGCUUUCUUACAUCUUUGAGAGCUAGGCACAGGGUACUUGUCAUAUAUAACUCAUCAAGUGCUCAUGGUAUGAUGGCUGAUUUUCAUGCGAUUCUCAUGAACCUUCCAUGUAUAUGAUUUCUGUUUUGGAAAACUAACAUUUAUAUUGGGACACAUGUCUGAGAUAAUUUGCAUGCUGUAUAUCUAAACAUUUACUUAUUUAUAAAAAUAUGUACCGCUAUAUUAUAAAAAAAUCAAAGUGGUUUACAAUAGUAUCAAUAUAUAAUAACACACUGAAAUUUUAAAUCAAAGACCAUCAACUAACUAUUAUGAGCUUGGAGAUUAUGUAAGUAAGAGGCCUUUUCUUAAGUACAGUGGUACCUUGGGUUACAGACGCUUCAGGUUACAGACGCUUCAGGUUACAGACUCCGCUAACCCAGAAAUAGUACCUCGGGUUAAGAACUUUGCUUCAGGAUGAGAACAGAUAUCGCGUGGCGGUGGCACGGCGGCAGUGGGAGGCUCCCUUAGCUAAAGUGGUGCUUCAGGUUAAGAACAGUUUCAGGUUAAGUGGACCUCCAGAAUGAAUUAAGUACUUAACCCGAGGUACCACUAUAAUCAAACCUUAUCUCUAAAAUUUACUAAAGGUGCCGGAGUUAUCAUCUGGAGGCAGCCGCCAUUGGUUUCCCACAACAAUUUCAUCUAGAGUCUAGCCAAAGCCUCUGUCUUUCCAAUAGAGUGGUCCUCCAGAUGUCUCUAAAGAUAGCUCAGUCAGUAGAGCAUGAGACUCUUAAAAUUAAGGUAGUGGGUUCGAGAUCCACAUUAGUGAAAAUAUUUCUGCAUCACAGGGGGUUGAAAUAGAUUGUCCUUGUGGCCCCUUCCAAAUCUACAAUUCUGUGAUUCCUUCAAUCCCAACCAGCCUGGCCCAAUGAUUAGGCAUGAUGAGAAGGCCAAGGCUCCCUACCCCUACUACAGUUUGUAUUCAGAGAUGAGUGUUACACCUGUUCCCUUCAUUCCACCAGGUGUCCAUUAUAUCCUCAAUAUGUUGUUCUUCUUUAAAGCUAAGCAUUUCAGCUCACUGAAACAUUUUGCAAGCAUUUUGGCUCAGAGACUUCCAGCAUUACCAUGUAAACAUUUGAAACAUAUAAUCAGCCUCUUUCCAAAUGUGUCUGGCAUGUGUUUUACCCUAUGGUGUGGACAAUAAAGCUGAGUUAAACUGCCAGUUCAGUCAGCUUCUGUCUGUGGAAUGGGGUGGGGAUAUUUUGUCCUUCUCCUUAGGCAGCAAAAUGUCUUACUUAGUCCUUUGUGAGUUAACGUCCCCUGCCCCAACAAAAGCAGGAUGGUUUUUAUUAAUGUACUGGAAUAGUGACACAAUUUUGUUUCAACAAGGAGCUGUUAAGAAUAGGCAAACCUGAGCUAAAAUCUGACAUUACUUUAUUAGGAAGUAAGCGCUAUUAGAAUUUAUCUAAGAUUAGAAUUUAUCUAAAUAAAGCAGUGUUAGUAUGGAAACCUUACAAUUUCAAAAGACUAAGGGGAUAAUCAUCUAUGUGAUGGGCUGAUGAUCUAAAACAGCAGGACUUUUGUGGAAGCAAGAAGCAAAUAGCAGAUAAUGAUGGAGAGAACUUGAAGAGACAUAUCCAAAGAUGGAUAUAAGAUACUGCAAAAGAAGAUCAAGCCCUAAACAUAGUAGGACUUACUUAUGAGAAAACAUGCAUAAGAUUUGGGUGGGUGCUAAUAAAUAUAGAAAUUUUAAGCAGCUUCAACAUUUUCCUUCAAUUAUUUACUAAAUUGGGAACUUUCUUGUUAUAAAGCUUAAGUACUGCAGUGCUCACUUGUUAAUAUAGUCUCCUAUUUUAUCAACUAAGGAUGUGAAAACCGAGGAGUUAGAAUCAGUAUUAGAAAGAACCAUCUCCUAUUUUGCAAUAUGUUCCAUGAACAUCUACAUUCUUUUAAAAACACAUUUAAUUGAGAUGUUAAUUAACUGCACCAUUUAAGUGUAGCGAAUGAUGUGCAUAAAUGUAUAAGCAAAAUACUUUACACAUACAUUAAAAGCAUCAAGAUACAAAGAGAUUACUUUCAGCUGGCUUCCAAGAAUGAAGGGUUUGGCCUAGGAAGCCGAGUUAAAUACUGUGAAUCCAAUUUCGCCCCUUUUGCAAUAACACUUGUUUUUCAUUUCCUCACUUCUUUGCCAUUUAUAUAUCAUGCUCAUUUUAAAAAGAAAACCUUGAUAAGUAAAUUUUUUUUAUCUUUGUGAUUCUUGGCUUUUAAAAGCAUGGAAUUUUUCAUCUCAGUUGCAUGUAUAGCUCAGAUUUUGAAUGGUUCAGAUAAGUUGUAGCUCCAUUUCUAUUUUGCUUGAUCCCCUAAAUAGCACAUCAGGAAUUUGAAAUGUUUUGUAUGUAUUGCCAAAUUAAGUUUAUGGACACAAUUUUCUUUGGGAAAACAAUAUUGAAAAUGAGCUGGAAAAUUACUGUACAAUUGCACCGUGGAAAGAAUGACAUUCAAAGUUUUUGUUCAAUCAGCAAUUAUUUGUUUCCGUAUUGGUAGCAGUAGUAAAUUACUCCAAGACACAAUUCAAUCUUCCUGUAGAGUUUUUAAAGUUCUAUUUUUCUUCAUUUCAAAGUGAAACAUUUUAAGUAGUUAGAUGACAAAGGGUAAAAGAAAUUGAAAAAGUCAUUAUGUAUAUCAGCCAAAAAAGAUCUAUGUGUAAUAGAUGAAAGAAGAAACUAGCACCAAAUUAAUCUCCAUCCCAAAGAGGGUACUUUCUCUUCGAAAGAUGAAUUGCUGUGAUAGAGGAAGGGUCAAACAGGAGAUUAAAAACUAUGAGUUUGGCUUUGUCUGGAUGCAAUAGGUUUAACCCCUCAGUGUUUCUUUUAGGUACAUUUUCACAAAAUUCUUAGCAUAUUAUAUUGUGUACUCUCUCUUUUUCUUUUGUAAACAUUGUCAUCUUUGGGUUUUUAACUGUAUUGAGUUCAGACAUACUGGGCCCUGUAUGGAUAUCUUAGUCUUUUUGUCCAGGUCGUUCAGGAAAAAAGUUACUAUAAUUAUACUAUACAAUAGUUUUUUAGUGGGUAGAAAUAAAUUUGUCUACAGUAUGUUAAAGGAGAUUGCUUUAACUCGGCUAGCUAAGAGCCUGCAGCUUCUUUGUAAAUCAUGUGGCAAAACUGAAAUAAUUUAUUAUGGAUUAGACUCGACACACUUUGGUGAACAAAAUGCUCAUGUCUCCCCUAGUUAGCUAGCAGUGCAAAGUUCCCAAGAGUCACUUUAUACCUUAUGAGAGAUGGUAACAUCAAAUAAUUUACAUCCAAGCAGCACCCAACCUGGUGACAAGAGAGUUAUCAAUGCAAAAGAGGAGCUGCAGCCCAAGAUAGGAAAAGAGGUUGUAAGGGAACCCCUAGCUACUUUAAAUGAAUUCAGAUCUCCAGGGCCUGAUGAGCUCCACUCAAGUGUAUUAAAGGAGUUUGCAGAUGUAAUCUCAUAGCCUCUGUCUAUAAUCUCGGACCAUUCUUGGAGAACAAAGGUGGUCCCUGUGGACUGGAGGCGAGCAAAUGUUGCCCCCAUCUUCAAAAAGGGAGGGGGAGAAGAGGCAGGUAAUUGCUGACAAGUGAGCUUGACAUCGAUGGCAGGAAAGGUCCUAGAACACAUAGCUCAAGUACAGGACUAAGAGCUGUUCAUCAGUGGGGAGGUGGUAGACUCUCCUUUUUAAGCAGAGAUUUGAUGGCCAUCUUUUAUGUAUUAUCUAUUUAAGAUUCCUGCAUUGCAAGAGGUUGGACAAGCUGACCCCGGGGGUCCUUUCUAUUCCUUCAUAAUUCAAUCAUAAUUAUUACGAUUAUUUUGUCCAUGAGCAUGGCACCACAAAAAGGGCAGGUCCUUUUCCAAUGAGUUUACCUUGUCCUUGAUAACAUUGACUGGGAGAGCAUCUUCAUUCAUGAGUGAUGCUUGAAUUCCACAGGCAAAGGAAAAAUUUGUGCAUCUUCUCUUUCAGUAGAACAUUUGCAUUUUGUCACAUCAAAGAUGCUCCCAGUUUCCUUUUCAUGUGCUUCCCAUCUCCUUAUGACUCUGUUCUCUCUGCUUUUACAGUCUUUAUUGCUAUCGUUAGAUGAUCUUUUCCACUGCCACAUUGGAACUUUCUAGGCAAACCUAUCAUGGUGUCUCCUUUUGCCAUUGGUUUAGUUGUUCAUCGUCACAGAGGAGCUGAGGGGAUCUAGACAAAUUCAUCGUAAGGAGCCUUUUAUAGAUAUUAGAAUUUGCAUCCACAGAUACAUGAACAACUACAAGUUUUAACAACUCUUUAUUAGGUAUUUACAGAUAUUAGGUAUGUACUAUUUCCAAAUAGAUCCAGUUCCUAACUGUCAUUGCAUGUUUGAUACACACGAACAGAUACAUAUUUCUGUGAGAUUGGGAUUUUUGAAGUGUUUACAGCCAAAUGUGAUAACAUAUCACGUUUAAAUGCAGGCAGAUCUCACAUAGUUGUGUUUUAAAAGGUGGGGGUUCUGGACUUCCGGGGUGGCGCCAUCGGCAAUGGCGGACUCCCUCUGAACCGGAGGGACCAGCUCCGCGCGAAACGGGUCUUUUCCGCUGCGGCGAAGCGGGGACCCUUUUAGAAAUCACAGGCGGAUGAAGCCUGUGACCGUGGGACUCGGCGGGCACCCUUAGCGCCCCCCCAACCCGCAAAGGAACCCACUAACGGGCUCCGAAGCGAAGAGGGGGAAGUGGCGCGGUGCUGUGAGUCAAUUGCUUUUUCCGUGGAGCGAAGCCGCAUAGCCGUUGCCGGAGAGCGCUGCCUUUUCCUGGGACAAUUUGGCAUCUAAAAUAAUCACCCGUGAGUACUUAAACAUUGAACAAUUGGACUUCAAAUAAGAACUGGCGAUUAGAAAGGAAUUGGAUUUAAAAAUUUCCCUUAAUUUGAUACUGAAACGGGAAGGUCUAAACAGGAAGUCAGCCUUCCGUUUCCUUGUAGUCAGAAGAAAGCAAAGACAACGUAAACCAGAGCUUAGAAAAUCACUUUCAAAGGAUUGGUUUUCACCAUUUAAAAUCGUUGAAUCCCCCUUCGGUGGCAGGAGAAGAAGGGGGAUCUUUUUUUGGACUGUUUAAACCUGCAGAAGUGAGUUUAAAGUAAAGUAACUUUCCACCGUCCUGAUCCUGGAGCGGGGUGUCAGAAUUGACGUUUGAAGCUCAUUGACCAGAGACAAAUGUUUUUGACAGACAGUUAAAAGAAGAGUAACAUUGUGAUUCCACUGUUUCCUUUCACAUUUUAAAGGAACAAAUAUUGACAAAAUAUCUUAAAAAAAGAAACUUUGUUGCUAUUGUCUUUAAAAGAAAGAACAACCAGAAGUUUUCCCCCUAGAGGGGGACUGUGAAACUGUAACUAAUUCUAGGGAGCUUGCAGCUGCCACAGAUUACAACCGUGGGAAAGGACUUGUGACCUUGCAGGACAAUGUUUUCAGAAGCACUGUUGGGUGCUUUCUGUAAAAUAAAUGCCUUUUGGAUCAGUUAAGCCAGAAGACGGAUUUGAUGACUAAUGCGGCCAGAACAUUUGAACAGGUAGUGGGAAACUAUAUGGAGCCCACCCAGGAACUUAAACAGGAGUGUGCCAUGACAGAACAGUUGAGAGAAGAGGAUGUUGCUGAAUCUUGGGCGCCAGAAAGGGAGGAACUUUUGGCCCUGCAGGAAAAUGAGCCUUUGGAUUUGACAAAUGAACUUGGGAAAACCAGAUUUGGAAAGAUAAAGUUUGGAUUGAUUUGGAAAUGGGGGUUGGACUGACCCCCUAUGCAGAGAUGUUUGGACUUUCCGAGUCUGGCAAUGGGCCGUCAGAUGUUUGGAGCUGUGGGGCUCCCAAUUUUGGAGGGAAUUUGAAACAUGUCUUAAAAUACCACAUGGAGUCUAGUCUGGACUAUGGGAAAGGGGCUGAUUUGUUGAAAAGGGUCAAAAACACUACCAAGCUGGAGUUCCCACGAGUGAAAGGAAAAUAUGAAGAAGAGCUGCGGAAGGGACAUGGAAGAGACUUGAAGGCCUCGGAUAUAAGAUCACCAGGUUAAUGUGCCAGACUAAUGGGAUAAAAAGGACUGACAAACCCGGGACCAGGAGGAAGGGACGCUGGAAGAAGAUUGGAAUGUUCUUAUUUCUUUUUUCUAUCAUUAGGAAUGUUUUAUAAAAUUGAUGAAUGUUAGGAAAAUGUUGAAAUGAAACUACUUGGCUCUUGUAAAAAUGUUUAAAGAAUUAGGUAAAAAGGUAAUGGUUAUGAGAAGUUGGUAAAAAUAAGAUUUAAGUCUUAAGCUUUAAGGUUUUUUAUAAGAUAAGAUGAAAAUAGAGUAAGGUAAUGUAAUGACAGAAUACUAUGAAUUAUGGAAAGGAUUUGCUGUGACAACUAUUAAUCAAGAUACAAGAAAAGGGAGGAGGAGGAGGUCAUAGAAAGAAGGUAAUGAAAGUGGAGAAUUUGAAAAUGAUGGUUUUAUUUUAUUUUUUUAUUUUUCUGUUUUCUCUUUUUUCUUUGUAAUUUAAAAAAUUUUUUCUUUUUUCAAUAAAUAUCAUUUAAAAAAAAAGGUGGGGGUUCUGUGUACUCAUCCUUUCUUUGGUGUGGCAAUUUUUAAAAAAUGGAUUAAUAUUUAGUAGUGUUCCAGACUUUUCUGCCACAUUAUUCCUUAUAUAGGACCCUGACAGACCUGUUUGCUAUUGUGCUUCAUAUCCAGCUAUUUUUCUCAUCCCUAUUCUAUGAAAUAAAUUGUGAAAUAUUGGGCACAAGUAAUGUUUCCUUUUCAUGGAUCUGUAGUAACUGUUAACCUAUUGCCUUAUUUGGAACGCAUCUGUUAUGAAUAUUCAUGAAACAAAAUUUACAAAUAUUCAUUGUAUCUGUAAUAUCACAGCCUAUGGGAGCUGAAAAUCACAUUAUAUGUAUGAGUGAGUUGGCCAACUAAAAAUGAUAUUCAGCUGGAACACCAUUGCAGUAUGAAUAUUUAGAUAAACUCUAUAAAUUUUUCAGACUUUUAAAAUAAUUGAAGUUUGAGAAAGUCAACAACAAUAUUAUCCUGUACUAUGCUUAAAUGCAUGCAACCAAAUAUUUAUUUUGUCCAGUUAUAUGAUGUAACAUGAUUUGUCAUUGAAAUAAAUUUGGAAUUAAUCUGCUAAGUUGGGGAAACUACAUUUAUUAAUGUUCUGUAAAAAUUUCUGUUGUCUUUUGUCCUAAAUGGAACAAAUAUGGAGCAGAUAUGUAUUACUUAAAACGACUGUUUUGAAACUGCCAUCAGACUGGAAACUGAAAAUAUUUGGGCAUUCUUGCUAGAUUUUUGAAUUUCAAGGACCACUUACAGUAGUAAAAUGAGAGAGACUGCAAGACUGUACCUUUUAAAGAAAUUAGAAGAAACCUGGUACUUCUUUUGAGCUUCAGCUACUUGUGCUGUCUAGGAUUUUCAAAACUGAAUUGCUAAAAGAAAGAAAAUGAUUUUGGUUGUUAGAAAUGGGUUGAGGAAUGGCUAUUAAUCCUGGUGUUUUUCAUUUCAUUCAUACCCCACCAUUUAGGCUCUGAGCAUCUUUCAAAGAUCAGUACUGAGACACGCACAAUCUAAAUACAUGACAUAUCAGGAAAAGGAAGUGGGAGGGAAGAGGGAAAAGCAAGUUCAAACACAAGUUACAGUUCUUACAUUGCAGUUACAUAGUUCUAUCAAUGUAGAUUCUGGCUAUGAAGAACAGGAGAAACUCCACCACUGCCAGUGACAUCCUUGUGCUUGACAAAGAGCAGUCUCUUCUGGGAAGCCCUCUUCCCCCACCCUAGGUCAUAUCUCAGAGCAGAGCUGGUGUCCAGGCCAGCAGAAUAGGGUAGCAUCUGCCAUGCAGUUCUUCCCUCAAAGAGCUAGAAAACCUUAAUGGAAGGAUGAAAGUUGCAGCCCCAAUUUUUUUCUCCAUUAGAGGUUGCUUAAACUGAAUGGCUUUGCAGCCUCAGGCAAUCUAUUUCAGUAGUUACCUCGUGGGCUUUUGGGGAGUAGAAGUUUCCUUCCAGAGUUGGGGCUGUAUAUUGCCAGUGGCAAAAUAUUUAAAGCUGUGCCCCUUUUAAAGACACAGGAUUAAGUCACAGCACAAGCACCAGCUGCAUUUAUGUGAAGAGUGAUUAAGGUAAUAGGCAGCAUUCUCAUAAAACGUUGUAGGAUGACCUGUGACUGUUGCCUGUUUACCAAAUUAAUCUGACGGAGCCCCCAACCCACUAAGACUAGCUUAUAUUUUGCCAAAAAUUCUGCCCCAGUCCUCUUGAAUUUCGGCCACUCUUCAAAGCUAAGGUGGUCUAUCCUAAACACACUUUCUAGGGAAUAAACUUCAUUGAACAUAUUGGGACUUACCGUAUUUUUCGUCCCAUAGGACGCUCUGUCCUUCAUUUUUGGAGGGGAAAAAGUGCGUCCUAUAGGGCGAAAAAUACGGUACUUCCUGAGUAAAUCUGCGUAUGAUUGUGCUGUUCAUCUCCGAUGAGGGUGUGAUCUUGGCUGAUAGGAAGGACCACAUUCUUUUAUUUAUAAUCUGUUUGAGAUACUAACAUUUAUAUUCUAAGAGGCUUAGACCAGGCUUCCUCAGCCUCAGCCCUCCAGAUGUUUUGAGACUACAAUUCCCAUCAUCCCUGACCACUGGUCCUACUAGCUAGGGAUCAUGGGAGUUGUAGGCCAAAAACAUCUGGAGGGCCGAGGUUGAGAAAGCCUGGCUUAAACUAUUAAAGUCAUAUUACUGAUGAUCUUUGUUGCUGUGGCUUUUAACUGAUUUUAGUGUUGUGUAAUGUAUGUGUUUUAAUUGUUUAAUUUUUUAUUGUGAUUUUAAAUCGUUCAAGGCUUCCCUGGGUGGUGGAUGGGCACCAGAAUGAUGGGGGUAGAAAAUAUUCUACCUAUCUAGAUAUAUUUGUAGCUAAGCUGCAUCUUUUUGCAUCUGUAAACUACAAGGGACAUAAUAAAACUGUUUUAAAAAUACCUCUCUUGAAAUGUAUGAUGACUUUUCAUUCAUUGCAUUCUCUCAAAGCAGGGAGGGGAGUUGCACAAUAUUUUAGGGGAAAAGAGGUUCUCUUGCGUGGAGCUUGGAAACAGAUGUGAAUGAUUAGUGUAUCCUUGUUUAGAUUUCUUUGAUACAUUUUAUUUUCUUUCAGUCUAGUCAUUUCACAUUUUGCUUAUUUCGCAUUCCACUAUGGAUAGCUUUGCAUUUCUGAAGUUCCUAUACAACUUCUGGCCCUAUGAAAAGUGUAAUUCAAAGCACAGAACUUCAAAAAUAAUAUUUGUUUCAGGUCUUUGGUUUCCUCCACUGAACAGAGUUGCAAUUACCUCUUCUCAGGAUUGUGCCAAGUACAGAUAGCAAGCAUGUGCAAAAGCACCGAACCAACAUACAAGAUGUUGGACGUCUUCCAAAACUGCUUUGCAGCACUAGGCAAAAAACUAGAUACUUUCUGUCACAAUUUAUACGGUUUCAGGGUUUGGGUAACCAAGCUGAAGUGGUUUUAUUUGCAACUGGAAGCUAUUUUCAGGGAGGUAAUGAAAGACAGAAAGGCAUAACAGAAUGUCAUCUGGUUGUACAGCAGAGGCUGUAUGAGACAUUUAACAUUAGUGGGAUGGCUUCAGAAUGCUUUGAGUGAAGAAUGCAGAUUGAUGAACAGAAUUAAUUCACUAUAUAUAGCCUUGCUCAUUGCCCUAAAUCUUAAUUUUGGUUCAAUCCACAUUUUAAACUGACACUAUUUCAUCACAUAAUAUCUUAAUUACUGCUAAAUUAUUAAUAUUGAUCCAGACAAUAGCUAGGUAUAAUUGGAAAUAUUUACUGUUCAAAAUUCUUAACAUGAAAACUGUAGCUGCAGGCUUGUUUAGUAAUUCCAAUUUUCAAGAAUAUAUAAGUUUCAGUAAAGGGUUAGCUUCCUUGCAUAAAAACUAAAUCCAUUUUUUUAGAACCAAAUGUUUUAAGCUAAUGAACUGUUUGAAAUAAAGAGGGGUUUGUUUUGCUUAAAUUCUUUGUGCGUCACAAGAUUUUGCAAGAACAAUUUAUUCCAUAUGCUUCUGAGUUACAGUCUGUCUAUAUAAUACAAGUGCAUCUUCUCAUUGGGAUAACAAGUGAAGUCCUGUACGUUUUUAAUGAAGGAAAUAUUAGCUUGUUUUUCAAGCACAGUAUCCCAAUGCAUCAAGAGAUGUUACUUAUUAUGUUGUCUUGGCCAUUCAGAAAUUGCUGUGUGAUGUUGCACAUUAAAAAAAAGAUGAUGAUGAUGCUGGAAGCUCCUUUUCCAUUAUUGGAAAUUGGCUUGGAUGACAGACAUAUAUGUACAUAACAGAUUCUUCUGCACAGAUAUCUGUACAUGGGGAAAAUAUCUGCUGGCCGAUAAGUCCUAUAUCAUCCCUCAAAUGGGGAAAUUAUACUAUGAGACAACUUUUUAAAAAAUAAUGCAAAUAUAUAGGAAAUGGAUACUUCUGUGAUUAUACAAGAGGGAUUUUAGUAUACCCCGCCCACAGUUAAGCCUUUUAAAAACCCCUGCUUUCAUUGUGUUAAGCCUGGGGCAACCAACCUUUUUGGACCAGAAGGUACAUUUUGAAUGUUGAGAAAGUUCAGUGAGUGUUGAGUGCUGCAUCUCCUGUUAAACAAAUCAAAGCGGAGGAAGAAACAACAUCUCCCCAGAAACCUCAAUGUGGUGGUGGUGGUGGUGGUGUUGACAUUUAUAUACCACCCUUCUUUCUAGAUGUCAUAUACUGCCAUGUAGGACAUGGGGGUUGUAGUAUGUCGUCACACGUAGAAUGCAAGAAGACGUUUUUCAUUUGGCAGAAACAUCCUUAGGGUUGUCUAGCAGGAAAUCAGGCUUAAGAGGAAGAGAAGCUAAUUAGCUCCUGCUUUGAAGUUGCAGUGACAGGAAACAGCAAUUAGGAUCAGGAAAAUGCUACAUGGCACACUGGUCACUUCUCAGAGGUAUACGGUAAGUUCAUAUAAGGGCAAACUGAGUAGCUGGUUUGUAAUUCAGAUAGAUUGGUUUAGCUUCUUAGCAUGAAUUUGUGGCUCGUGACUAUCUUUUUUUGUCCAGAAAAUUUACUGUAUUUUUAAUAAUGUCAUUUUAAGCUAAAUAUGAUCUUUGUAUGUGCCUGAAGCUGUUAAUUAUUAUCCAUCUGUUAGAAUGUUUGACCUUGGAAAAGUGUGGAUAACUUGAUAGUGGUGAUACUUGUGAGGGUGGGGGGAAAUUCUUUGAAACUGAGACAUGAAAUCAUCUGACUUUUUCCAGGGCAGAAAAAUUAAGGAAUAAUGGGAAAUGAGUUCAGUUCAAGUUCACUUUUUAUUUCUGAUUUCAGCUAUUGAUUAUACAGAGGAAAAACAUAAAGCAGUGAAUCAAGAAUAAUUGUGCAUUAUGGUCUGAAUUUUAUAAUCCUAUGCAUUGUCAUCUUAUAUAUUUCUCAUUUUCUGUAGUGGUAGCUAUAUUCAGGCACAGAGGGAAGAUUGCUAAUAUAGAGACUUCACAUCUCUUCUGUUUCAUAGAACUAUGAGCAUGUCGCUCCUUAGCUUAAACCCAGCUACUGUUUCAAAGACUAAUUUAUAUGCAUUCUGUUAUUGCUCAAUGAACCACAUAGCAAAAAUAUAACACCUUCCAUAUGAAGCUUCUGUAAGUCAGGAGAUGAAUGUUCUUAACAGCUUAAAGUAUCUCAAAGAGGGACAUUAGGGUUUUGCACAUUCCAUUUCCCUAAGUGGUAGAAAAUUCCAGAAGCUUAACAGGGUCAGUUUCCUUGAGAAUACAUUAAUUGCAGGCUUGUAACACAUUUCCUUACUUCAAAAUUAUAAAUUGAGGAGUAGAUAAGAAGGAGAUAGUCCCACAGAGAACCAAUGCUUCUCUUAAUAAUUUGUUGGAAGCCGCAACUCAGUCAGAUGGGCGGAAUAAUAAUAAUAAUAAUAAUAAUAAUAAUAAUAAUAAUAGUCUUAUCUUUAUCUGAUGCAUAACAAUGGACCCUGAUUUAGGUGUAUGAAGACCCUGAAUCUAUUUAAUUUGCUUUUAUGUCUUUGUAUUGUUUAAUUGAUUUUAGGCUGCUGUUUUGUUUUAAUGGAUAUUGUUUUUAUAUUGUACAUACAGUAGUGUACACCACUUAAUAUUUAAAAUAUGAAGCCGUUCAGAAAUGCUUUAAAAUAAAAAGUCAAUUUGGAGUUAGCUCAGCUAGGGAUUAAAUCAGACUGGGGUGAAACCAAGCCGCUGUGAUCUCCUCUGUUGAAGGCUGCAUGUUUGUACAGUCCUGGUAAGCUAUAGUUUGCUUACUUUGAUGUGUGAAUGAGGUCACUGUUACUUGAAGAUGGACAAUAAUUAAGGUGUCCAUUUGUAUAAGUGAUCAGUAAUAUAUUUAGUGUGAAUAUAAACACACAUAAAAGCAGAUCUGUCCCAAAUACUCUAUUUCAAUUUGGGUUUCAGGGUAUUUUUUUUAAAUGUGAUGGUGGCGAAUAUCUUUUUCAGUGACCUUGUAUUCCAUUAUGGCUCCAAAGCAGCAUUUUUUCUCUGCAUUUGUCUGGAUUAGAUAUAACGAUAAGGAUUUCAACCAAGAUUUCAACGCAGUGAACUGGGUGGCACCAAAUAUUGUGUAGCCAAUCGGACAUUGGUAUGAAAUGAUAUCACUGAUAGUGAGCAAAGCCAGUUAAGAGUGAGUUAAAUGACAAGGUGCAUUUUGCAGACACUAUGGGGGGCUUUGUUUGUUGUUGACAAUGCAGAAAAUGUUGUCCCAAACCAGUAAGUACUGUAGUUUGAGUUUAUCCUUGUUAAAAUAGUAGAUUGUGUGACUUUCUGUGCUUGUGGGGGAAAAUUAUCACUAAACUAGUUCCAUUAAAUAUAUUGCAUGUGUUCGGUAUUUGAUAUCACAGACACGAAAAUACAUUUUACUUAUUUUUAAAAAACAUAUUAGUGGGUCACUUUUAAUAUCCAUUUUCCAUGCCUCAGAUCUUCCCUGAAAUUUCUGCACUGCUAGUUUUUUUAGAUGAUAAAGGACAUACUUUUUGUUUCUGUGCUCAAACAAGCUGUGCCGAAGGCAAAAAAUAAGGCAUUUGUAUGCAGUGCAUUCUACAUUAUAUGUGCAUGUUCAUCUAUCUCAAUAACUGACUGUCAUCUUUGUGUGCAUAUGUCUUGCAGUGAUAAUAAGAGUCCUAUCUUCCUCAAGAUGUCAAGUUUUCUGGGAUAGAUUUCUAGCUGUAGGCGGCUUUAGUGAAGCACUUCACACUGUGAACAUGCUCCCUGUAGCCAAUGAUCAUAUUAGUCUGCCUCACACGGCUAUAUGGGAAUCUUGCUUUUUUCCACCACAUGUGCUUCUGUCUUCAAUCUAAAUUAUUAUCAUUUGUGAUCUAAGUUCAUAAGCCUCAGAGCAUAGCUAUGUUAACUUUGUCCUACUUCUAGUUGUUCCAUUGUGAAAAACAUAAGGUGUCUCUUCAUGGGCUGCUUCAUAUGAAGAGUGGGGGGUGUGUGGGGGGGGGUGUGGUUUGAGUACUUGAACAGAUCAGCUUUUCAAUGGAAAAAAUUCUGUGGAGUAAUGUUACUUACAACACAAGAAUUCUGUUAGUUAUCCAGUUAGACUAAAAUAUUGCUAGCAAUGAUUUAAUUUGCCCUUAAUAAAAAUAUGUUGCUUUAAAACAGGAUUGUAUACUUUAAUAUUUAGUAUUUUAUAUUGAUUUUAAUAAUAAAAUUCAUCGGGAAUAUAUAUUAUAGACCAGGGGUGGCCAACUCCCAAGAGACUGCGAUCUACUCACAGAAUUAAAAACUGGCAGUGAUCUUCCCCCUUUUUGGGGGGGUCAGGUCAAAGUUGUUGAGCACCAAUUUUUGAGAAUUAAAGCCUAAGCUCAAGAAAGAAAGGGGAACAGCCUGAACGCUGGGGAAACAAACAGCCUCACUGAGUAAACUCCAUCUUCCGUUCUGCAGAUCGUGCAACAACGGAGGGCGGGGCGAGCGGGCAGGGCCGGAUUCUGUUUUACCAACGCUAAGGAAAGGGACCCAGCAAUCGACUGCAGUCUACUGAAACCUUCUGGGGAUCUACCAGUAGAUUGCAAUCGACCUGUUGGACACCCCUGUUAUAGACCAUUUCCCCCAAUAUAUCCCUGAUUAUCAGGCUACUUUUAUCAUUCAAACUCAUAGUACAGUGGUACCUCUAGUUACGAACUUAAUUCGUUCUGGAGGUCCGUUCUUAACCUGAAACUGUUCUUAACCUGAAGCACCACUUUAGCUAAUGGGGCCUCCUGCUACCGCCACGCCGCCAGAGCACGAUUUCUGUUGGCAUCUUUGAGCAAAGUUCUUAACCCGAGGUACUAUUUCUGGGUUAGUGGAGUCUGUAACCUGAAGCGUCUGUAACCUGAAGCGUCUGUAACCCAAGGUACCACUGUACUUCAGUAAGAAAAUAUGAGAACACCACCAUUCUCAUUCUGAAGAAUAAUCAGAAAAAAUUAUAGUAGUCAGUAUUGUGUGGGACACCUGCCAUAAGAAUGUGAUAAGAGACCUGCUGGAUUAGGCCAAGGAUCUAUUUGGUUCUACAUCCUGUUUCAAAUAAUGGCCAUAUCACAAGCAGGGCAGCUUACCAUUGUUUGCCCCAACAACUGGUAUUUAGUGGCAUACUGCUUCUGAACAGGCAUAUUGUAAAUCUAUGGUGGCUAAUGCAUUUAUCAUGAUAGGAUUAGUAUCACACACAAAUGGGUAGAUUCAGGUAGGUAGCCGUGUUGGUCUGACGCAGUCGAAAUAUAUAUAAAAAUUUAAAAAUUGUCCAGUAGCACCUUAGAGAACAACUUAGUUUGUUCUUGUUCUUGGUAUACGUUUUCAUGUGCAUGCACACUUCUUCAGAUAGGUUAUUUGUUGACAUGUUCCUGUUUCUGUAUUGAAUCAGAAGUGUAAAUAAGUUACUGAUUGAAAGAGAAUUCCCAACCCACCCCCCAGAAAAACUUUAAUACCUGGUAUUGAGUUGUAUGUGUAAAUCUGUAGUAUAUCUUGUGGAUGAAUAGCAAUGGAGCAGAGUUGGAUGAUAAGAAAAUAUCCAAAAUCCACAGUUGGGCAAAAAAAAAAUAGUGAGCAAGACUUUUAAGUUUGCUGGAAGUCUUUAUUGAUUUAGAUUAGGCUGUCACAGGAACUAUGCAAAUUUCAGGUUGCACCUAGGACUGCUAGGACAAAGAAACAUGCAGUUUCUUACAUCCUUCCACAAUAUUUAAACUCUAGCUGUUGCCCUGAUCUUUUCCCAUUGUAAAGCACAACAAACAGGUUCCUGGGUAGAUGAAAAACAGAAGGUUUUUUUGUUUUGCUUUUAUUUUUAUAAGGACAACAACAAAGAAAAAUCAAUAGAAUAUGGAAGUAUUAAACACAAGUACUGUUACAUAACUUUAAUCACUUUCGCCACAUUACCAGUACAUAUACAAUUCAUAUUUAACUACAUUGCAAAAUUGAAUUCUUUCUGUGCAGGGUCUCUUACAGAUAUUAAAAAGAGAAGCUAAGAAGAACUAUACAAUCUUUAUAUUUUCAAAGCUGGACAUUAAUUUUUGGUGGUGUACUGAAUUGUAAAGAAAAGGAAAUAGAAGUUAAAAAAAUGGUAGCUUUAUCUAGUAGUUGGAGGGAAUGUGCCCUCAGAUAAUAAAGUAAAUCUUUGGUAACUUAACAUUAAAACAUCAAAUCACUAUUAAAUAACAAGAUUUAUUCUAAUACUGUCUCCUGCUUCUCAUCAAGUAGGAAGUCACCACAGUCAAUCAUUUACAUAAUUGACAGCUAUUGUAUCACAGUUGGAUACCAUACUGGUGAAAAGGGAGUAUUAGUGUUAUCACCCAAAAGCAGGGGUCAGCAAACCUUUUCAGCAGGGGGCCAGUCCACUGUCCCUCAGACCUUGUGGGGGGCCGGACUAUAUUUUGGAAAAAGUAAGUGAACAAAUUCCUAUGCCCCAUAAAUAACCCAGAGAUGCAUUUUAAAUAAAAGGACACAUUCUACUCAUGUAAAAGCAUGCUGAUUCCUGGACCGUCUGUGCGCCGAAUUAGAAGGUGAUUGGGCCGGAUCCAACUCCUCGGCCUUAGUUUCGCUACCCAUGCUCAAAAGGAACAGAGAAACAACUACCGGUACUUCUUCAUAGGCUUGCUGAAAUACUGCUUUACAGUACUGAUUUCAUAAAAGUUGCUAAAGUAGAUAAAACAAAUGAAGUUAUAAUAUCUGCAGAGUAAAUUAAACAAAAUUGUUUUUGUACAUACUUUGUUUAUAUAAUCAGUAGGCUCAGAUGAUGUAACUGCAGAGUGUAGGUGGUGGAUUGAGUAUAUAUACAGAACUGGUCUUAAUACACAGCAUAUUCUCUCUCUCUCUCUCUCUCUCUCUCUCUCUCUGUGUGUGUGUGUGUGUGUGGCAAUACAUUCAUUGGUUUAAUGAUCUGGUGGAAAAUAGGGGAUAAGUCUAGAAAGGUUUUUAAGUGAGCUAGAUACCUCUUGAAACAUCUGUCCCUCUACCCUACAAGAAGGCUGCUAAACAUGUAGCUGUUGUUCUUCAGAAACAUACAUUUUUGAAUACACUUUUUCAUCAUCAACAAUAUUGUCAGUUGGGCUUUGGAAAUAGAACUGUAUCAUUAUAUUACGGUUUCUUCUUGUGGACUAUUAGCUGAAGCAGUUUUAUUCAUAAUGAGGAAGAUGCAAUCAUUAUCCUUUGGUAAAAUCUGAUCCCUUAUUAGUAUUGCUGAUGGUAGCCCUCAGCUUGUCAAUAUACCUCUUAAACUGUGGUGCCCAGAACUGGACACAGUAUUGAAGGUGGAGUCUGACCAAGGCAGGGUAGAGUGCUACUAUUGUUUCUAUUGAUCAGGGUGCUAUACUUCUCCUGAACUGUUUGGGCUGUGUUGUAUAGUACAAAUCACAUGAAAACGGGUGGUCUUGCACAACUGUACAACACUGCCUACACUGUUCAGAGGGCGCAUGAACUCACAGGAGAAAAGCAAAAGUAGGUGUGUGAAUUGUAUUCUGCUUACACAACUGUUUGAGACUUAUUACUAUUAAUUAUUAUUAUUUUCUUGUUCUAGAUCAGAGGAGGAAAGCUGAUGAUCACCUAUACUAGGAAGAAUGAUGCUGGCAAAUAUGUCUGUGUUGGAACAAACAUGGUGGGAGAAAGAGAGAGUGAAGUGGCAGAGCUCACAGUUUUAGGUAUGGAAAGCUUCUUCCUUUAUCAGUAGCAUGAUAUAAUGUAAAAAAAUAAAUACGGAUUCCAAAGCUAAAUAUUGUCGUAAGGCUGGGUAAAUGCAUAUUUUGAUCAUGCCAAAAAGGUAACAUUUCCCAAGUACCCUUGAUUGCUCCAGCAUAGACCAUGGGACAUUGGUCCUAGACCAUUUGGUCUGUGCUUCUGCUCGCUAACAAGGAAAAGUACAUUAGGAUAAUGGUAGCUAGCCAACAUGUAGGCGAUUUGUCUGUAACUUGGCAGGUUUCCUACUUACGGGUACCUCUCUUACGUAUGGUAUUUUUGUUUUAAAAUGCCCAUAAAAAGGAAGUGGGAUAAAGCAAAUUCUCAUUAUCCACCCCCAAAAUGUAAAUGCUGCCCCUGCAGGAAAACUACUGCAACUUUCCUUUUAAAAUUUGGCAUGCAUUUCAUGUUUCAUGUCCCCAUCCUUUCUUUCACUCUAACCUGUGCUGCCCAUUUGUUUCUUUCAGAAAGACCAUCAUUUGUGAAGAGACCAAGUAAUUUGGCAGUAACCGCAGAUGACAGUGCAGAGUUUAAUUGUGAAGCACGUGGUGAUCCAGUGCCAACAGUAAGGUGGCGAAAAGAUGAUGGAGAGCUACCUAAAGCAAGGUGCAGCAGACUUUAAUAAUCUUCUACAAGAAAUUGUGGUUUUGGUUUACUGUGUGCUUGGAGUGAAACAAUCAUAAUGAUGCCAGAAGAGCAUAAUUGUGUGAUACAAGAUUGUUCUACAGUAAAUUGCGCACACACUCUCAUCUUACAAGCUUGAACUCCACACAUAAUCUAGCAUGCUUAAAGUUGUUUUACUAAUUUCACAAGAACAUUUUAUUCUGUUACAAAAAACAGUGGAACCCUAGCUACCUCUGUGGUUUUUAUUAUUGAUUGAAAUUUUAUCUGGUAUCAUGUUUUGGUGAAUGUGCUGUGGUCAUAAAGAAAGCUUCAUUAUUCUCUACUCUGUAAUUCCAGGACCUAAGAUUUAGGUUGAAAGACAGGUUAUAAAUUCUUAAGUAAAUAAAUUUAAUUAAAGAAGCUUUAACCAUUUCAUCAUCAGAUGGUUAAUCUGUUAAUCUUUAGUCUGUUUAAUUAAUUUCAAAUUCAUUUAAUAACAUCUUUCGAAAAGGUUUUCUUGACUUUCUGAGCCAGGGAAAAUAUAAGGGAUAGAGCAAUCCUGUUAAGUGAAAGAUACUCGUCUCCCACAACUUUCUGCCCUGCCCCCAAGAUCAUGCAGAUAGUCUUGGUCCAUUUUUACUUGUCAGCUUGAUAUUAUGUUAGAGAUGUUGUGUGAUCAAGUGUAUUACUAAAGGCAACUCUGGCAUCCCUGCAUUCCUUGAACAGAGCGUUCAAUUGGUUUCACUUUCUGACUGCAGAGAUUCUCGGUAGUAACUCCCCUUAAACGCAGGGAAAUGCAUUUGUGCAUAAAGAUAGCACACUUAGGAGCUGGGAAAAUUUGACACGAGGCCCCUGAUAGUGCCUUAUGUGAACUAGGAGGUGAAUAUGUGUUUCUAAAAGAAGAAAAUUAUUCCUAUUAUCUCUUCAUUUGCUUUGACCAGUGUUAGUAUGCCACCUGCUUAGGUGAUGGAUCAUAGCAAGUGAGUCCAUGUUUGGCUCUAUAGAGCCACUGAUGUGUCUGUAAAGUAUGCGAGAGCGCCCCCAAACAUCUGGUGCGCCAGCAGCCUCUUCACUUCUGGCCAUGCCAGCUGAGGUUCCAGCUGGAGAGAGACACAAAGUGUAGACCAAUCAUAUGGCUAUAGUUGAGCCUGAAGAAUAGGCCACCUGGGGAAUAACGAAAGCAGUGUAUUUUGCUUGCCACUGUUAAGAAGGAAGGCUGCUCAAGGGGAGUUUCUUAGUCCUGCCUUGCCAGGCUUAUUUCAGGAGGAACAGAGAAAAGGACUAAGCACAUGAUUGCUUCAAGAGUCAGAAACCAGGAAACUUUAAAAAGGUGGGCAGGGUACUUAAAAAAUGGAAUAUAUUAAUUGACCCUUCCAUGUUUAAUCAAUUAAUUUCUUUGAUCAAACAGUUUUAACCGUUUAAAUAUCUUCUUCUUCUUCUUCUUCUUCUAGAAUGAUUAAUGUUCUCACAUAAAAAGGGAAUGGUCAUAUCAGCAUGAGAGGAAAUAUUAAAUAUAUUUCUGUAUACUGUAUUGGACAAAAAGGCUGAAGGCUUGUUAUGGUCUUCCAUUUAGCUGAAAUAGAACCAUUGAUGCCAAUGCAUAUACCCUUGAUAGCUUACAGUUAUCUUGUUGGAGAAAUCAGCCCUGCUCCACUCUCAUAUAUAGCAGUAUGACAAAUCAGUCUAAUAGAUUAUUUCUCUUUAAUUUAGAUAUGAAAUCCGUGAUGACCAUACCUUGAAGAUUCGAAAAGUUAUGGCAGGAGACAUGGGUUCUUACACUUGUGUUGCAGAAAAUAUGGUUGGAAAAGCAGAAGCAUCGGCAACUCUAACAGUUCAAGGUAAAAUUGCUUUGAAAGACUAUUGUUACUAUGAGAAGGAAAUAGAAUUUUGUGUUUUUUAACUGUGAUUUUAUUGGGCUCAUAAAUAAUCACUGCAAGUUUGCAUUGCCAAAAUCUAGGAAGAUCACUUAUUUUAUUGGUGGAUUUCUGCUGAACUAUUACAUAUUUCAAAUAUCAUUUUCUUUCUUUGUGUGAAAAGAGUUCUGCUCCAUCAUGGAAAUGGAAAAUGAAGGCAUUUUGUAUCCCAGUUGUCUGAGAAGUAUGCUGUCUGUAAUGUUAAUACUUUUAGAAUUAAAAGGGAUAAAACUUUUUCUUUAUAUCCUCCUCAUCAUUCUAAAGGAUUAAGUUCAAAAAAGAGAUUUUUUUUUAUUAGUGGUGUCCAGUGUAUUUUAUUGAAUGUAGUGCAGUUGUUAGAACAGUAUCUUUCAUACAGCUAAUGGAAACACAGGCUUUAUUGAUGCACUUCUACUUCUUAAAGAACACAACCUUGUUUUAGUAUAUCAAGCUGAUUAAUAUAGUUAUUCCGUCAUUUCAAGUAUUAAUGUGUGAAAACAGGUCAC